CCCUCGUCUGCUGCCGGCCCCAUGUCCCGAGGAGGAGUGUCCAGGUUGGGGGCCCGUCCCCGGGCUGUGAGGGGCGGCCGUGGGGCUGGGCCAGGGCUGAGGCUGUGUCUCGGAGCAGGGACGGUGGAGAUCCCCAUCCAGAGCAGGAUCGACCACCCGAGCUACAACGUCACGGCCAAGGCUGGCCAGGGCAUCCCAGAAUACUACGACUACGACGUGUCCCUGAUCAGACUGCAGCAGGCCGUGCAGUUCUCGGGGCGGUCAGACCCAUUUGCCUGCCCUGCACGAAGCGAGCAAACCGAGCUCUGAAGAUGCCCCAGGGGACGACGUGCAAGGAUCACGAGCUGGAGCUGCUGGGCCUGGAGCAGGUCCCCGCCCACUUCGUCUCCCUGGCCAGCGAGAGGUUAAACGUGCAAAUCAAGACCAACAAGUCGCGCCCUUCGUGCAUUGCUGGCGCCAUCCAACGCAACAUGAUCUAUGCCAACGUGUCACACGUGUCCCGGGUGGUGACCGACCGGUUCCUCUGCUCCGGGCAGGAGGCCAGCGCGGCUCAGAGGAGGCAUCUACCUGCAAAGGUGAAUCCGGCGGGGGGUUGUUCCUGGAGAAGAAGAAGAUAUUUCCAGGUGGGCGUGGUGAGCUGGGGCACCUACAACCCGUGCCCGCUGAGGCCGAAGAAGAACGAGGAGGUGACGAGGAGGCGACCCCCCCGGGCCACGUCCCCCGCGACUUCUACAUCAGCCUCUUCAGGGUGCAGGACUGGCUGCGCCAGCACCUGGGGGCAAGGACAGAGAGACCUUUAUCCCCUAGUGGGGACCCCCUGCUGCCCCUCACGGCCUGCGCCUUCCCCCACAAUAGCAGACUGUUUUCUAACUCGGGAUCUCUGUCUGGUUUGUGCCCCGGCCUCCAGCGCUGCGAGCUUCCCCAUGGCAGUGCCUCCGGCCUGGCUCCCUAGCGCUGCGAUCUUCCCCACGUCAUUGCCCCCGGCCACACAUCCCCCCCACCGCAAGCUUCUCCAGAGCAGUUCCCCUGGCCCGGCACCCCUCCCCGGCGCUGCGAGCUUCCCCAUGGAAGUGCCCCCGGCCGCACAUCCCUCCAGCGCUGCAAGCUUCUCCACAGCAGUGCUCUCAGCCUGGCACCCUCCCAGUGCUGCGAGCUUCUCCAUGGCAGUGCCCCCAGCCAGGCACCCCCCUCAGCGCUGCGAACUUUCCCAGGGCAGUGCCCCCUGCCUGACUCCCUAG